UUGUGCUUGUCAUUCUGCAUGCAAUCUGAGACUCAGUGAAUGCAUUGUUCUUCUUUUGUAUAAAUCAGAACUUUUACCACUUGCAUUAUAGCAGUCAUUUUAGUGACACUAAAGCGUGAAUUAGCAGUUUUAGUCAACUGAUUUACUCGCAGUAAUUCCAUUAAAAUCUAUCCGUGCUGUUUGUUUGGACAUGGGGAAAAGCUGCAGAGUUAACAAGCUCUGCAUUCUGUGUGUGUUGUUAGCCCUGGUUUCAAUAGCAACCAUCAUCACGUUGUGGACUAUUGCCCUGACAGGAGGAGACAAUGGUGACGGGACAGCUCCUUGGGACAGCUAUCGUCUCCCCACUGCUUUGGUCCCUGCCUACUACAACGUCACCCUUUGGCCUCGGUUCAUCUGUGACCCGAUAACUGGCCUCUACAUCUUUACAGGCCAAUCAACUGUGGAGUUUGAGUGUGUGGAAGAAACAAAUCUGAUCCUGAUCCACUCCAACAAGCUCAACUACACCACUGCUAGGCUGAUCGCUUCAGGUGGUGGGUCUGCUCCCAGCAUUAAGUCCUGCUGGAUGCAGCCUGAGACCCAGUAUCUUGUCAUUGAGCUGAAUAGUAAAUUAACUAAAAAACAGAAGUACCAGCUGUACACAAACUUCACCGGAGAACUAGCUGAUGACUUGGCAGGCUUCUAUCGGAGUGAAUAUGAAGAAGAUGGGGUCCGAAAGAUCGUUGCCACCUCUCAGAUGCAUCCAACUCAUGCCAGAAAGACCUUCCCUUGUUUUGAUGAACCAGCUUUAAAAGCAGUUUUCCAUAUAACUCUCAUCCACCCCCCUGGAACUGUAGCCCUGUCCAAUGGCAAGGAAAGAGACAUUGUUAACAUCACCAUUGGUGGAGCAUCUGUGACACACACUAAGUUCGAGCCCACCGAGAUCAUGUCCACCUAUUUACUGGCCAUCGUGAUCUCUGACUACACACACAUCAGCGCUGCACAAGGACACACUCUGAUCCGUAUCUGGGCUCGCAGGGAGGCGAUGGAGCAGGGUCAGGGGAGCUACGCCCUGAACGUGACCAGACCGGUGCUGGACUUCUUCCAGUCCUACUUCAACAUCUCCUACCCUCUGAGCAAGUCUGAUCAAAUCGCCCUGCCAGACUUCUUCUUUGGUGCGAUGGAGAACUGGGGUUUAGUGACAUACAGAGAAAGCAACCUCCUCUAUGACCCUGUGACCUCCUCCAACAGAAACAAAGAGACGACUGCCACCAUCAUUGCUCAUGAACUAGCACACAUGUGGUUUGGUAACCUGGUGACUCUGCGCUGGUGGAACGAGGUGUGGCUGAACGAGGGCUUUGCUUCCUACGUGUCGUACCUGGGAGCGGACCAUGCUGAGCCGACAUGGAACGUGAAAGACUUGAUCGUCCUGGAUGACAUCCACAGGGUGUUUGCGGUGGACGCCCUGACUUCCUCUCAUCCUCUGUCCUCUAAAGAAGACAGUGUUAUCCUGCCGGGCCAGAUCUCUGAGCAGUUUGAUACCAUCUCAUACAGCAAGGGUGCAGCAGUGUUGAGGAUGUUGUCUGAUUUCCUCUCAGAGCCGGUCUUUGUCCAGGGACUCAGUACAUACCUCAAACAAUUUUCCUACAGUAACACAGUGGGGAGUGACCUGUGGCAGCACCUACAAUUGGCAGUGAGCGCCAAUGAUGUUCCACUUCCUCAUCCAGUUUCUGACAUCAUGAACCGCUGGGUGCUGCAGAUGGGCUUCCCUGUGGUUACCAUAGAUACUGUUACAGGAAAGGUAUCCCAGAAGCACUUCCUGCUGGAUCCAGGGUCUAACAACAUGGUCCAAUCACCUUACAACUAUGAGUGGCUUAUUCCUGUCAGGUGGAUGAAGAGAAGUGAAGUCCAGACAGAUAUCUGGUGGCUGAAGGAAAAACAUGCGGUAAACUUUGAAAUGACGAGAGACGGUUCGUGGCUCCUUGCCAACAUCAAUGUAACUGGAUAUUACCGGGUAAACUACGACCGUGGAAACUGGGAGAGCCUCCUGGCCCAGCUGCACUCAGAGCACCAGGUUAUACCUGUGAUUAACAGGGCCCAGCUUGUGGAUGAUGCUUUCAAUUUGGCAAGGGCUCGGAUUGUGUCCAACACUCUGGCUCUGAACACUACUCUCUAUCUAUCUGUGGAAACACAAUACAUGCCCUGGCAGUCUGCUCUGGAUAAUCUGGACUAUUACUACCUAAUGCUUGACCGCACUGAAGUCUAUCCGCACAUGCAGGCGUACUUAAAGGAUCUUGUGACUCCACUCUUCCUAUACUUCAAAAACAUGACAUCAGACUUGAACUGUGUUCCUGAUGGACACACUGACCAGUAUAACCAGGUGAAUGCCAUCCGCACGGCCUGUAAGACGGGAGUGACAGAGUGCCGGACCCUGACCACUGCAUGGUUCAAACAAUGGAUGGAAGCCCCUCAACACAAUUUGAUCCAUCCCAACCUGCGCUCAGUGGUGUACUGCAGUGCCAUGGAGGCAGGAGAGGAGGCAGAGUGGGAGUUUGGCUGGUCUCAGUUCAGGAACGCUUCUGUAGCCAGCGAGGCCAGCAAACUCUUGUCUGCUCUGGCCUGCACCAGCAAUGUUAGCCUGCUGAAAAGGUAUUUGUCUUAUACCUUGAACUCAACUAUGAUCCGUAAGCAGGAUGCUACCUCGGUCAUCACAUCCGUGGCCAGCAACAGUGUGGGACAGUUUCUGGCAUGGGACUUUGUCAGGGAACAGUGGGAAUACAUGUUCACACAAUAUGGCGUGGGCUCCUUCUCCUUCGCGUCCAUGAUCAGUGGGGUCACUGCACGGUUCUCUACUCCCGCUGAACUACAACAGCUGCUGCACUUCAUUGAGGAGCACGGUGAGGACAGCUUUGGACCUGCCUCCCUGGCUGUGGACCAGGCCUUGGAGAGGACCAGGGCCAACAUCAAGUGGGUCCAGCAGAACCAGCAGGAGGUCCUGGACUGGUUCAGAACUCACACUGUACAUCACACAUAGCCAGAGUAACAGCUGCUGCAGGGACUCCUCUCCCAUAUGAGGAGAGUUUUUAUGUUAUUGUCCUGGACAGAAAGACAUAUAGAUGCGAAGGACAUUUAACUACUGAUUAAGGCUUUUGAUGGAAAAUAGUUUAGAAUAAUUAUUUUGGAACUAAUUGAAAACUCGUGUUUUUUUUUUAACCACUUUUGCGAUGCUAUGUUGAAAUGUAGUCAUUAAAAUGUGAUGGUAAGAAUGGUUAUAAUGUGACUAAAACACGAUUUAGCCCAGUUUUAACUGUAGACAGACAUAUGUUCACCUGCAUAUAACCAAAAUAUCUCCCGGAGUGCAUUCUAUAUGUUUCCUUUCAACAACCAUGAUUGUUUUUGAUUAAAAUGCAAUAAAAUGUAUCCCGAUGUUAGUCCCCUACUGUGAUAAAUGCCAAAUUAAUGAAGCCUCUCUCAUUCAUAUGUACUGGUCCUGUCCCCGCCUAAGCAUGUACUGAACGGAGAUUUUCCAAACUCUAUCCCAAGUGUUCAGUAUUGAACUGAAUCCAAAUCCUCUGGCUGCCCUAUUUGGGGUAAUAGGAAAGGAGGCGUUUAACUGCAGAACGGCGGCGAUCUCUGUCUUUUGCUCUCCUCUUAGCUCGUCGAGCCAUCCUGCUUAGAUGGAUAGACAGUUUCCCGCCCACUCAUCUACAGUGGUUGACAGAUGUUAUGUCCUGUAUGAAACUUGAAAAGAUCAGAUACUCACUUCUAUACUCAAACAGCAAAUUUCAGGAAGCCUGGGGACCUUUUAUAAAUGCAUUCCAAACUCUGUAAAUCAUUCUGUUAUUGGUUUAGCUUAAGUGCAGCAUAUGUAUGUAUGUAUAUAUGUGCAUGUAUACAGCAAAUGUGUAUGUGUAGUUUGCAUGUGUGUAUAUGCAUGUGUGUAUAUGCAUUUGUUUUACAUGCAUAUAUACUCAUCCAACAAUAUGUCUGGCAUAUAUUCGUGUGUAUAAGGAUCACUGGCAGUGAUAGGGGAUUACUUUAGUCGUUGUUAUUGUUUGUCUGUGUUUUUCUUGUUUUGUUUUUUAUUUUUCCUUUUGUACAUACAAUCAGCACAGACCAAUCGCUCCUUUGCAUUGGCAUAUAUUAUGUUAACCAUUACUAUAUGACAAACACUGCUUAUUGAUUGUCGAAACAAAAUAAAAAGAUUUUUGAUUUGA